AAUUUAUCCCAAUCAAGGGCUAGUGGUAGGAGAUAUACCGCUUCAGAAACCGAGUCUUUACCAAACUCAGAAUCACGGAAUUCCCGUAGGCAUUCUUCCUCAUCUGUUGCUGGUGGCUUACCUCCACUAGGAAGGGCUGUUCCUUCAUCCCAGGCAUCAUCUGAUAGAAGAGGUGGAUCUUCCAUGUCUGCCUAUAGGAAAGAUGAGUACAAUUGGCGAUAUGACAGUGAUGAACUUGCCGAGGACAUAAUUCAAACAUCAGGUGCAUUGGAAAAUCUUCAAUUAGACAGAAAAGCUCGGAAUCUAACAUCUUCUUGGCGACACGCUGGUGAUGGAAUCAAUGAGGACGAUGGCAGGGUUGAUCACGCGUAGGGACAGACAUUGCUUGCCUAAGUGCAAUCUGCUUCCUGUAUUUUACUGUGUAUUCUUAGUUUUCUGCCUCUGAUGAUGAUUGAAUGAGCCUAAUUUGGUGUAAGAUCAUUUAAUUGUGAUGUGCUUUAGUGUUUUUUAUGAGCUAUUUUUCCUCUAGAAUUUCCCCUUUCGGCUAUAUUUGAGAAUUUUAUUUAGUUUCCA